AUUCACGUGUUUAUUGGCUAUAGCCUGAAUUUGCUAUGUUAUUUUUUCAACAACGUGGAUACACGAAUGACAAACGUUUGCGGGCAAAGAAGAUAAACCUACUUGUUGAACGAAAACUUUCGCUCGUUUGAGACAGUUUAAACAAUUAUUACAAUGGACCACGAAGAGGAAUUUUUAAGCAAUUUUUUCACCCUAGUAUCACAGCUAUGUUUUGACAAGGCUAAGGAGUCAGUGGAGAAAGAAAAGGAAUCAUGUCGAUCUAUGCAGAUGGGUGCGUGGGGUAUGCUGCUUGCAGAUUUGCCACAAAUUGCUGUUGCGGAGAGAUCAUAUGCAGACUUAGGCUUCUUUCACACAAAGAAUAAAGGCUUUUUGAGAAAAGACAAUUCUCUUCGUGCAAUAUAUGAAUCAUCCAGAACAGAUCUUCGGAGGCUAGAAGAAAGUACACGAGGAACUUACGCAAUCGAAGCAACUGUCGCAGAGGUCUCUGGUCAACUAUGCCAGUUUGUUACUGCGAGAAUACAACUCAUAGAUUUCUACGAGAAGAUGUACAGUAUGGGGAUAAACAGCAAAGCGAUAAAAUAUCAAGAACUCUUGCAAGUCAUGACUGGAAUUGUGGACAUCCAUUCAUUGUCCUGUUCCCAUUUGUCACUAAUCGCCAUCAAGACUGCCUUAACUCUAGAAUGUGAAAUACUGCUUGAGCUAUUAAACGCCCAAAUCGAGGUUCAGAAUUGGAGGUUCUUACCAUCCCUGAUGGCUUUGUAUGGUGCCCAAACUCGAAUGUCUGCGUGGGAAAGAACUCUGCAGAGUAAAGAGCGAAUACAGUUUGGAUCCUUUUUCUUGUUUUCCUGAUUUUUAGUCAUGGAAAUUGGGCUUUGGGGCUACAUUUUUGAAAGCCAAUCAGCAGCCUGCGUUGUACCAAUGGCUUGUGAAGCUGAAAAAUAGCAUACUAGCCAAAUGCUCCCUUUACUUUCACUCGACAUUAACACAGCAGGCUAGUCCAGGCGAAAUGAGGAGCAUCAUGAGCAAACAGAGCGUCGAUUAUUAUCACAA